GCUAGGCCGCGGCCCGUGUCGUCUCUGGCCCUCCUCCCCGCCGAUCGCGUCGCACAGCACGGGCACGGCGUCGUGGUCUGGUCUCGUGCUGUCGUGCAGCACUAGCAACAGUACCAAUCACAGCUACAGAGUGCUGACGUACUAGGACGGUGAGGCUGGCAGCUCGUACGGCGUGUCACGUCGCCACCUGGACGGCGGCCUGCGCCGGCGCUGGCUCUUCCGACGCGGCUGGUCCCUUGCCGCCACGCACCGUCGCCGUCGGUCCCCUGGCUGGCAGUGGCAGUGGCAGUGGGUGGCCGGCCUUCCACCUGUGGCUUGUGUGGGCUGUGGCGGUGUGGCUGGCCUAUGGCCCGGUCAAAGCAAAGCAAGCGAGAGCAGCAGCAGGCCAGCAGCUUUCGCUUUGGAAUUUUGCCGGGCCAGCCGCGUCUUUGGGUUUGGGACCCGCGCUCGCGUGGUGCUGGUGCCGCCGAUCCCCAGGCAGCUUUUGGCAGCGGGAAAAAAACAGCAACGGCCUACUCUCCCCGUCGUCUUUCUGUUCUGCUCCUGCAAUCUGCCGCAGCCGUCCUCAGUCUGUCACGUUCUCACCCGCUCGCUCACUCAACUCAUUCCCGGUUCUAAUGAAAAAGAAAGAAAGAAAGUUGCACACCGUAGUAGUAGUAGCAGCAUUACACGAAGAAUGGAAAAGGAGUAGGAAUCGCAUGUUACAGUAGCGUGUUCCAGCUCGUAGAUCUUGAGAAAGAUUUCAGUUAAAGAAAACGCUCUAACAGAGCCACAUAGAUGAAACAAAACGGUCUGCUGUGAAACGAAACGACCAAAACUCUGGAAACUGAUGCCUUGACAGGCAGGCUUACCAACAAAUGUUCGUUCCUUCUCUCUUUUUCUCUCUCUCUUGACAGUGGAGAAAUGUUCUCGCACGGUUUUACUGUGUUGUUCUCAAGUCAAGAUGUAUUGGCAAACAUAGUGUUUCCAUGUGCGCUGUUUACAGUUUUUAUUGUGCUCGCUAGGAGAAGAGCAGCUGAGCCUGUGGCUCUAUGAACUUCGGUUCGGUACAGUUAAGCAAAGCGGCACCGCAUCUGCAUGCCCAUCUCCUUCAAUAUCUAAAUGAUAAAAAGAUGACAGAGUUUAGAUUAAUUUCUCAUAAUAUGUGACAGUGACAGGUAAAUAACUCUAAACUGUAUAUAUAUGUUGUUUUUUAGAGUUAUUAGAGCAACAAAAGAGGUACUCCAAAAAUUUGUGCUCUAGUUCUAAAAACUCUAUAAAGUUUACAACUAUGUAGUUAGAGUGUUUGACAUGCUUUGAUCAGCUCAGUUUUGCUCUGUAAUCAUGACAAACACGUCCUAAGACGUGCUUAAAGGUAUACUGUUCAAACAGUAAGCCUGCAGACGCCAUUUAGAGACUUUGUUUAUACCCUGACAGAUGGUGGCAUUAUGCUUAUAUCUAGUACUUCUACUCGCCUAUCUCCGGCAUACAUACAUGAAUUAGGCAAUACAUGAAUUAGGCAGGACAAACCUAGUACUCCCUCCGUUUCUUUUUAUUUGUCGCUGGAUAGUGCAAAAUUACACUAUCCAGCGACAAAUAAAAAGAAACGGAGGCAGUAUAAAGAUCAGGUGAUCAAGUCCACGUUUGUUCGGAACCUGAACAAUAUGAUCAUCUUGGUAUGAGUUUUCUAAUCUCGGCAUUAUGUUUCAUCAGUGCAUCAUCAUCAACCACCAACAUUCUCAUUCACAUGUGCAGAGUACUAGUCAUGUCACUGGCAGCAGAGAUUCAAAGCAGGCACGGCCUCUCUUGUCACUCUCUCUGUCCCGCAUCCACACGCAAUCUCAAGGCCCCACCGAUUAUGUAAUCAAACCAUAAAUCUCUCAACCCUGCCCCCCGCUGCCACAAUCUCAGUUCCUGUCUACCAUUUCCUCACAAGAAACAAGUGCCAGUUCCUUAAAAAAAAGAAAAAGAAACAAGGGCCAGACCUGCAGGGCCCACCGGCCCAGAGCCUUCAGACACAGCAACACAAGGAGAUAAAAGAAAAAGAAACGACACUCCUUGCUCUGUCUUUCUCUCUCAUCUUCCUCCUCUGUCCUGUUUGCUCAGUACUGGUGGGUUCUGCUCACCAGCCUCCUUCCCAGUACAAAAGCCUUAGCGCCAUGGACUGUGCUUUGGUGCCCUCCUACAGUUCAGCUCAGCCUUGGAUAUAACCUCACGCACACAGCCCAGCACAAGCACGCUACGCAGCAGCCUUCCAGCUCCAGCCAAGCAAAGCACAGGGUCCAUUGCACUGCAUUGUAUCGCAGCAUUUCUCUGCUUCGCUUCGCUUGCUUCAGGAAAGCUUGAGCUAGCUCGAAGUAGAAGGACAAGGCAGCAAAGUCACGCACCAUGAGAACCAUCGCGGCGAGGAACACGCACGACUCGCUCUCCUUCUCCAGGCGCCACUUCAAGUGGCCCGUCCUCGGCAAGAGCAAGAGCCACGGCGCCGCGACGUUCGGGGACGAGGAGUACAUGAAGAGCUCGGAGGCGGAGGACGACGACGAGACGACCAUGGCCUUCUCCUCCGCCUGCCCGUCCUUCCACUCCGAUGGCUUCGUGUCCCCUCCGCUGAAGCCGGCGCCGUCGGCCCAGCAGCAGCAAGCGGCGGCGGCGGUGGCGGCGGGGCAGAGGAGGAGGAUGAAGGUCCGGACUGCCGUGUCGCGCCUGCGGUCCGCGCUGGCCAACGCCGUGGCCGGGCGGCACCGACAGGUGGGCAUGGGCGCGCGGCUCACCGGCACGCUCUACGGCCACCGGCGCGGCCACGUGCACCUGGCGUUCCAGGUGGACCCGCGCGCGUGCCCGGCGCUGCUGCUGGAGCUGGCGGCGCCCACGGCGGCGCUGGUGCGGGAGAUGGCCUCGGGCCUGGUGCGCAUCGCGCUGGAGUGCGACCGCGCCAGGGCCAGGGGGUCGCCCGCCGCCGCGCUGCCGUCCCCGUCCCCGGGCGCCGGCAAGAGGCUGGUGGAGGAGACGGUGUGGCGCGCCUACUGCAACGGCAAGAGCUGCGGGUACGCGGUGCGGCGCGAGUGCGGCGCCGCGGACUGGCGCGUGCUCCGCGCGCUCGAGCCCGUGUCCAUGGGCGCCGGAGUCAUCCCCGCCGCCAGCUGCGGCGGCGGCGAGGGCGACGUCAUGUACAUGCGCGCGCGGUUCGAGCGCGUCGUGGGGUCUCGCGACUCGGAGGCCUUCUACAUGAUGAAUCCGGACGGUAGCGGCGGCGGCGCUCAUGGUCAUGGCGGGCCCGAGCUCAGCGUCUACCUCCUCAGAGUCUGAUCGGCCGCCAUGGCAGUGGCAGUGACAUCUGCACCUCGGCCCUGAUCGUUUUUUUCUGUGCAUGCCAAGCUGUGAAAAUGGAUUAGUAGGCACCUAGGUGUAGCUGUUAGCACUUCUAGGGGGUGUUUGAUAAAGUGGCUAAGUCCCUUCCUUUCACAUCCAAUGUUUGAUGCUAGAUUAAAGUAUUAAUUAUAUUUUAAUUAUAAAAAAUAAUUAAAUA